UGUUACAACAAUCUUCGUAUGUAAUCAUUCACAAAAGUCGCCAUCGCAUUAUUUUGUCCACUCGUAUCGGGGCAGCAAACCAUGCUGUCGGUCUAAUAGAGCAAUAAGCGAAAUCCUACCGCUGAGUAAUCAGCCCAAAUCAAGUCACUUGCCUGCGGAGCUUCACAUUAUCUUCGCCUCACCUCCGCCAUGUCGAGAUCCGGACGCGCAACAGGCGCGUCGAAGCAGGAUAGCGGCGUAUGCCCCGUCUGCAAGGCAUCGGGUUACCUUGACCCGAACAUGCAAUUCAAAAUCAACCCUACGUGCUAUCAUUCCAUGUGCGAUACCUGUGUCGAACGUCUGUUUGGAGGUAACAAAGGAAACAAUAUAUGUCCUGUGGCGGGAUGUGCAAAGACGUUGGCAUACAGGAACUUUCGAAGGGCGACCUUUGAAGACCUGAAGGUGGAACGGGAGGUGGAUCUGCGAAAGAAGGUUAUGAAGAUUAUGAACAAAACAGAAGACGAUUUCGAGACGUUGAGAGACUACAACGAUUACCUGGAGCAGGUGGAAGAGAUGACUUGGAACCUUAUUCUCAACAUUGAUGUGGACGCGACAUGGAACAAGCUCCAUCGGUUUGAAGCACUUCAAAAAGCAGACUCAAAUGCCGCUAGCACAAAGCGCGACGCUGGGAAGACAGGUGAUGCCAAAGGUGCUGGCCAGAAGGAUGAUGGCGCUGAUCUCAUGUUCCGUGGACUCAAGAAAUACGUCCCGCCACCAAAGGAGCCGCCCUUCGAUCCAUGGGGAGGAUACAACAUUGCACCUCAGUACUACGUACUGCAAGACAAUUACGAUGUCGACUGGUAUGCGCGUAUGAAGAAAGACUCGACACAUCUUGUUGGAGGACACAGCCUGCAAGAAUACUGCGAUCGCGCGUUGCGUGAGGCCUUUGGAGGCUUCGGGGUCUUCAUCGAGGAUGAGAUCGCAGCAAGGGAUGCUCCGUCCAUGUCCAUGGAUGCAGAUAUCGGCACCGAACAUGCAGCAGCGGCUGCCAUGAGUGGGAAGGAGGCGAACAUGGACGACAUCUUCUAAUCUUCUUCUACUAUGAUACCCGGCAUAAUGCCAACAUUGGGCGGCGUUUGCAAAAGAUCAGUG